AUGCCUUGCUCCCAAUUUUGGCUCUUGAUCCUCUUCGCCUGGGUGCCAACCUGCCUUGGCAAACCCUCCCAGGUGAGUGGAGCAGAAGGAGAUGGGCACCCAGACCAGACCCAGGCCCAAGCCCUGAAGAAACUCCUGGAGGUCUUUGGCAUGGAAGGCCCACCGCAGCUGCCCCAGCACCCAAAAGAGCCACCCCAGUACAUGGUGGACUUGUACAACGCCGUGGCUGGGGAUGAUGGGAUCAUCAAGAACCCGGACAUCUUGAUGGGCAACACAGUGCGCAGCUUCUUGGACAAAACCCACAGCGUCCAGAUGCAUCUCCACUUUGACCUGUCCAACGUGGCCAAAAACGAGAAGAUUUUGUCCACUGAAUUUCAUCUGUUUAAACUCCGGCCAAAGCUGUCUGACCAGAUUAAUCCCAGCGCGCCACACUUCUGCCAAGUGGACAUCUUUCAAGUCCUGGACAAAGAGGAUAUGGAUUCUCCCGUUGGAAAAAGGCACCUCUGCUCCAGAAAGUUGGCCGUCCAAGGAUCCGGCUGGGAGAUUAUUCACAUCACGCAAGCAGUUCGCGAGUGGACAGAGGACGAGAGCAGUAACCAGGGCCUGCUGGUGACAGUGGGGGAAAUGAAUGAGGAUCCCCUGAAGAAGCGCACCUUCUGCCCUGUACGCUUUGCUUCCGGCAGGGACCACCAUGAGAGCAAGAAGCCCAUGCUGGUUGUGUUCACAGAUGAUGGGCGGCAAGGGGCGAUUCUGCCCUCUGUCCCCUUUUCCCAUCCGAACAUGGCGGAGGCCCUCCCGGUGCCCAGAGGCAAUGGGUCACGGAUGGCUCGUUCGGCUGAGGCCCCGAUGCCCUGCCAGCGCCUCCCUCUUCUAGUGGACUUUGAGGAAAUCGGCUGGUCCAGCUGGAUCAUCUCCCCCCGGGGCUACAACGCUUUUCACUGCCAGGGUGCCUGCUCCUUCCCGCUGGGGGCAAACAUGCGCCCCACCACCCAUGCCACUGUUCAGUCCAUCGUCCACGCUUUGAAGCUCAGGCAGGACGUCCAAGGGCCCUGCUGCGUCCCGGACCAACUCUACUCCAUCAGCCUGCUCUAUUUUGAUGAAGAUGCAAACGUGGUCCUCAAGCAGUACGACAACAUGGUGGCCGGCAGCUGCGGGUGCCACUGAGUCCCUCUGAGGGUCUGGUCCACAGAAGAAGGAUAGCAAAGCUGUUUGUUCCAAAAACUUUUGAUCAAGAGAAACAUCUACAUUUUUAAAAAAUCCCUAGUGUGAGUUGGCUAAAACCAGACAGAAUUCUGGGGAGGGGCUUGGGGUCAAUGGAAAGGAAUUUGAGAUCAGCAAACCCAACAGUGGAUCAGCUUUUAGGACCAAAAGAGCUCCUUCCUUUGGGGCUGAAAAUCAGGCUAAACACACUCAAACAUGGUGGUUUGGGUCCCCUUCUCCCACAUCCCAAAUCCACCAAAAGAAAAUCGUUUUUGGACUAAUUCCAUCCCCUUUAACUGUUUGGCAAUCCCACUCACUCCGCAAAGUGAGCUGCAUGAAACAUUCACAAAUUAGGGCCCUUUCUCUGUACCAUAAUGUACAUAUCCAAAGCAUUAAUAUUUAUAUGUGUAUAUACUCUCAUGUAUUGGUCACUCAUUGUACAGUCUCACCUGUAAAUACAGUAUUUGUAAAUGGGUUCCUGCUGUUUUAAACCUUGGUCCUGUAGUCUGC